GAGCCAGAGCGGCAGCAGCUUCGGCAGCAGCGCGGCCCGAGCCAAUGCAGCGGGACGCACCGCCGCGAGCCCCAGCCCCGGCGCCACGGCUCCCUGCGCCCUCGGUCGUGGCCGCCAACAGCACUGGCGGCGGCGGAGGCGGGGGCAGUGGCGGCGGCGGAGGCUCCUCUGCAGCUCCGGCUCCCCCUGGCCUCCCGGGAACUACAAGUCCCAGGGGGCCUGGCGGCGGGCGGAGACCGGAAGAGGCGGGAUCGGCGCCUCGAGGCCGGAAGUGGCCUUGGAGGCGGAAGUGGCGCGGCCGCGGAGGGGCCUGGAGUGUGGCGGGACCGGGAGCGGCGGGAGCUGCGGCUGGGGGCGGCGGCGGUGCGCUGGAAGCGGCCAUGGCCAAGCAGUACGACUCAGUGGAGUGCCCGUUUUGCGAUGAGGUCACCAAAUACGAGAAACUUGCCAAGAUCGGCCAAGGCACAUUCGGGGAAGUGUUUAAAGCCAAGCACCGUCAGACGGGCCAGAAGGUGGCUCUGAAGAAAGUGUUGAUGGAGAAUGAGAAGGAGGGGUUCCCUAUCACAGCCUUGAGGGAAAUCAAGAUUCUACAGCUCCUAAAACAUGAGAAUGUGGUCAACCUAAUUGAGAUUUGCCGAACCAAAGCUUCCCCGUAUAACCGUUGCAAGGGCAGUAUCUAUUUGGUGUUUGACUUCUGUGAGCAUGACCUUGCUGGGCUGCUGAGCAACGUCUUAGUCAAGUUCACGCUGUCUGAGAUCAAGAGGGUGAUGCAGAUGCUGCUGAACGGCCUCUACUACAUCCACAGGAACAAGAUCCUGCACAGGGACAUGAAGGCUGCCAAUGUGCUCAUCACCCGGGAUGGGGUCCUAAAGCUGGCAGAUUUUGGGCUGGCCCGUGCGUUCAGCCUGGCCAAGAACAGCCAGCCCAACCGCUACACCAACCGUGUGGUGACACUGUGGUACAGGCCUCCGGAGCUGUUGCUCGGAGAGCGGGACUACGGCCCGCCCAUUGAUCUGUGGGGUGCUGGGUGCAUCAUGGCAGAGAUGUGGACUCGAAGCCCUAUCAUGCAGGGCAACACAGAGCAGCACCAGCUUGCCCUCAUCAGCCAGCUCUGUGGCUCCAUCACUCCAGAGGUGUGGCCAAAUGUGGACAAGUACGAGCUGUUCGAAAAGCUGGAACUGGUCAAGGGUCAAAAGCGGAAGGUGAAAGACCGACUGAAGGCCUAUGUGCGGGACCCCUAUGCCCUGGACCUCAUCGACAAGCUGCUGGUGCUGGACCCAGCACAGCGAAUUGACAGUGAUGACGCCCUCAACCAUGACUUCUUCUGGUCAGACCCCAUGCCCUCGGACCUCAAGGGCAUGCUGUCCACUCACUUGACGUCUAUGUUUGAGUACCUGGCACCGCCACGGCGAAAGGGCAGCCAGAUCACCCAGCAGUCCACCAACCAGAGCCGUAAUCCAGCUACUACCAACCAGACGGAAUUUGAGCGUGUCUUCUGAGGCGGGUGCUCAUCUUUGGGCCCUUAGGUUGGCGGUGGAUUGCUUGGAUUGCUUCCUCCGCUGUGUGACUUGCAUGGAACACGUGACAUGAUGGGAUGUUUGAGAUUUUUCUCCUCCAGUACAUAAACGUUUACUCCCCACCCUGGGCGCUGGGAAUAGCUGCCUGAGGAGACUGGAGUGGAGCAUUGGCUGAAGGCCCUGGGGGGUGCCAGCCACCUAUCUCUCUCUCGGGGGGUCUCAGCUUGGACAAGAAGUGGGAAAGGCCUGCCCACUGUGACUUCCUAAGAACUUGAGUGAUGAGAGGAGGGCACAUUUCCCUCACUAUCUCGAGAUGAGAAAUUUUGAGGAGCAGAGGCACCUCAGAAAUGGGCUACUUUUUAGCCUAGACCUCAGGAACAUGGGGUUGAUGCGAACUCUUGGUUUCUUUAGGGAGAAUUUUAUUGUUUUGUUCAGUUCAGAAACAUUCCUGGAUGCAGUUUGAUGGGUUAAAUUAAAAGUUGAUUUUUUUCCAGUAAA